CGGAAUCUCUCUCCGGUGGCGGGGAAUGAGGGCGGAGUCACGAGCCGGGCGGCCAAACUUCUUCCUCUCUCCGGGGCUAGCGUUUCAGCCGGUGGUUCAUUUCCGGUGGGGGUGCCGCGCCCAGUGAGGGCCCGGAAGUGGGUCGCGCGAAGACCGCUGGGCGGUUCUUGCCGGAAGUGGAGAGCGGCUGAUCGCAGUCCGGAGGUGAGGCGGAACUCUUAAGCAGGUGGAACAUUAUGGCUGACAUGCAAAAUCUUGUAGAAAGAUUGGAGAGAGCAGUGGGCCGCCUGGAGGCAGUGUCAUCACAUACCUCUGACAUGCACUGUGGAUAUGGAGACAGUCCUGCAAAAGGAGCAGUUCCGUAUGUGCAGGCAUUUGACUCACUGCUCGCCAAUCCCGUGGCAGAGUACUUGAAGAUGAGUAAGGAGAUUGGGGGAGACGUACAGAAACAUGCGGAGAUGGUCCACACAGGCCUGAAGUUGGAGCGAGCUCUCCUGGUUACAGCUUCUCAGUGCCAGCAGCCAGCCGGUAAUAAGCUCUCUGAUUUGUUGGCACCCAUCUCAGAGCAGAUCCAAGAAGUUAUAACCUUCCGGGAGAAGAACCGAGGCAGCAAGUUCUUCAAUCAUUUGUCAGCUGUCAGUGAAAGCAUCCAGGCCCUGGGCUGGGUGGCUAUGGCUACAAAACCCGGCCCCUUUGUGAAAGAGAUGACUGAUGCUGCCAUGUUUUACACAAACCGAGUGCUGAAGGAGUACAAAGAUGUGGAUAAGAAGCAUGUGGACUGGGUCAAAGCUUACUUGAGUAUCUGGACAGAACUGCAGGCUUAUAUCAAGGAGUUCCACACCACUAGCCUGGCCUGGAGCAAGACGGGGCCUGUGGCGAAAGAACUGAGUGGACUGCCGUCCGGACCCUCUGUGGGAUCAGGCCCGCCUCCCCCUCCACCGGGGCCACCCCCUCCCCCAGUCCCUACUAGUUCCGGCUCCGACGACUCUGCUUCCCGCUCAGCACUGUUUGCACAGAUUAAUCAGGGGGAGAGCAUCACACAUGCCCUGAAACAUGUAUCUGAUGACAUGAAGACUCACAAGAACCCUGCCCUGAAAGCUCAGAGUGGUCCAGUUCGGAGUGGCCCCAAACCAUUCUCUGCACCUAAACCCCAAACCAGCCCCUCCCCCAAACCAGCCACAAAGAAGGAGCCACCUCUGCUAGAACUGGAAGGCAAGAAGUGGAGAGUGGAAAACCAGGAGAAUGUUUCCAACCUGGUGAUUGAGGACACUGAGCUGAAGCAGGUGGCUUACAUCUACAAGUGUGUCAACACGACUUUGCAAAUCAAGGGCAAGAUUAACUCCAUUACAGUAGAUAACUGUAAGAAGCUUGGCCUGGUGUUUGAUGACGUGGUAGGCAUUGUGGAGAUAAUCAAUAGUAGGGAUGUCAAAGUUCAGGUGAUGGGAAAAGUGCCAACCAUUUCCAUUAACAAAACAGACGGCUGCCAUGCUUACCUGAGCAAGAACUCCCUGGACUGUGAGAUAGUCAGUGCCAAGUCUUCUGAGAUGAACGUCCUCAUUCCUACAGAAGGCGGGGAUUUUAACGAGUUUCCAGUCCCUGAGCAGUUCAAGACCUUGUGGAAUGGGCAGAAGUUGGUCACCACAGUGACGGAAAUCGCUGGAUAAGCGAAUGCCAGUGGGUCCUGUGCCCUCUCCCUUCACACCAUGGGAUACAUCUUUAUGGAGACAGUUCUUUUCUAGAUUUCCUCUACCUUUCUGCUCUUAAACUGCUUCUCUGCUCUGAGAAGCCCAGCUACCUGCCUUCACUGAAUAUACCUCAGGCUGAGAUUGGGGCGGGACGCAGGUCAGUGGAUCUUCGGCGGGAAGCGCAGCUGCACCACAGUCCGUGCUUAAGCGCUACAGGCCCAGACUGGGGCACUGAAGCUUUCAGCUUUGGGGGUCAUUCUACCAACAAACAGUCCUUGGGGUGGGGGGAAAGUCCUGGAAACAAACAGAUCAGAAUGCAUACUAAUCUAACAGUGAGCAUGGAGGUAGCAGGAGCCAGUGUGAUUCCAUAAGGUCCUAUCCAACCUAAUUUUCAUUGUUGAGAAGUGAGGUCAGGGUUGCACUGGACCAAAGGCCAAGGCUUGCCACUCAGUAUUCCAAGCAGACUUGUUUCCUAAAAGCAUUCCUUCAUUCUGCAUUCCACCCUGGGCCAGCCUCAACCACAGAGUAGCAGGCUUCCCCUUUUUGAGAAAAAGUCUCAAACCUUCCCCCAUCCCCCAGGAUGACUACCUUGGUUCCCAUGGGGACAAAUUCCAAGGAGUCUGGCGUUCCACUUCCCUGCCAGAUGCCUGUCAUCGCCUCCACUCCUCCUCCUGCCUGUCAUGCUCAGCAGCUUAGGGCCUUAUUGUAGGCAUCUGAGCAGGACUAAGACCUCCACUGCAGGCUGUUUAGGUCUUGAUUCACAUACGACUCUUGCACAGCAUUGCUAUCAUAAAUCCCAGCUCUCCCUCUAGGACACACUGACCAAAAUAUGCAACGUUUUUUUUUGUUUUGUUUUGUUUUUGGUGGGAAGAGAGAUUGUCCUGUGACUUCUGCCCAUUUCCUGAGGCCUGUGGAAAUAAACCUUUAUGUACUUAAAGUUAUACAGAAAAUAGAAUAAAGUUAAUACCAAACUUG